UCCUUUGGCUUUUUCUGCAAUAAUGUUUCUCGAAGGAAAGUUGACUCACAAUCUUUUGAGCCUCUGUUACGAGUGGCCACCAUUUUAAACGUGUCCCAGGGACCUGGGCAUAUUCAUGUAUGUUAUGGUAUUUGAUUCCUUGUGGCCUCAUGAAGUGUGUGAAUCUUUACUGUUUUCAGUGUAGGAAGAUAGGCCCAGGGAGGUGUGGUCCCCUGCUUGGGGGAGCCCAGCAGGGCUGAAGUCAGGCUUCCUUCCCGCCCACCAGAGCCCGCCAUACAUCCCUCCUCUCAGAAUGAAGUUUGUUUUUCUUCAGUGUGCUAUACUUUCCCCAUAGUAGUUGGGGGAACAAAGAUGAUCUAGUUUACAAUGUGAGUCUUCUUUGUUGACUUGUGGACGUGGUUUUGUUGCACCUAUUUAUUUAUUUGAGGGGGAGAGAGAGAGAGAGGGAGUGCAAGCAAUGGGGAGCGGGCCGGAGAGGGAGAGAGAGAAGCCCAAGCAGACUGCAUGCUUGGCGAGGAUCCGGAGGCAGGGCUUGACUUCACGACCCUGAGAUCCUGACCUGAGCCAAAGCCAGGAGCCCAACACCCAACUGACUGAGCCUCCCAGAGUCCUGAAGACUACCUGGAAAUGGAUCACUCCUCUGUAAAGCGGAAAUCCAUCUGGAGGGUCAGCUCUGACCCAGCAGUGGCCCAGGCCUCCUGAAGCUUGCUGUUGUGCCCCCCAGGGCCCCGUGGUACCGACACAGGCCCCUGACCAUGGUCACACUCAUUACUGAGAAGCUGCAGAACCAGAGCCUGGAUGACCUUGCCCACAAGAGCUACGAUGCCAGCCCGCAUUCUGCUGGGGCACUAAGCAACUGUGGUCAUUUGUUCCCUUUUGAGAGCGAUGAAGACAGGUGCCCCUGGAAGGUCUUAGGUGGCAGACAGCCCGUCGGGAGUCAGACGGUCACGGGCACACGGGGCCCCGACGCAGGCCUGGGAGCCGUGAGCACCACAGACCUCAGGGAGAGCACAGGGCCCCCUUUGGCCCCACCAACCAAGCGCCACUGCCGCUCGCUGUCAGAGCCGGAUGGGCUGGCCCGCUGCCGCUCCCCCUGGCGCCCCGGAGGCUCCAAGGUCUGGACGCCGGUGUCCAAGAGGCGGUGCCACAGCGGCGGGAGCGCCACCCCGCAGGAAAGCCUGGGGCCUGGCCCCACCUUGCCCCCCGCACCCCAGCUGCCCUGGGCCAGCAGCGGCCACACAAACGGCUGUGAGAGCGGCCCGUGCCCCCCCUGGUGGCGCCGCCUGUCCCUGUCCCAGGAGCACCUGGCGGGACUGGGCACAGCCCUGGCGUCCACCAGCAGCAGCCGCUCGUCCACACCUGAGCUGGGCCGGCAGCUGGGCCUGCUCCGGUGUCGCUCACAGCCAUGUGUGCUUGUCGGGAGGAGAUGGCGGCGCCGGCGAGAGGAGCGCACUCGCUGGCCGCGCCCGUCCUUGGACUUUCUGAAAAUGACCCGGCAGGCUUACUGCGGCACUCCCUGGGGGCUCGCAGCAGAAGGGGCACUGGAGAAUGUGUGGGUCUGCAACUGUCACUACUCUCCACGAGGCACAGCCAGCGAGACUUUAAAAAAUUCAAAAAGCCUUUGCUCCCUUGAUUAUGAAGAUGAAGAGGAGGAUGACAGCCAGGGGAAGCUGGCCCCGUAUGACCCACAUGGCCUCAUGGGUGUCGUCACGCCUGGCUCCAGCCCAUGGAGCGUGCACCCCAGCCCCCACUGCACUGGCCCUGGCCCUUGGGCCUCUUGGGAGCCCGUGGCUGCUGAGGGUGAGGGCGGCAGCGGCGGGGACCCCAGUGAUGGGGAUAGCGCGGGGGAGGAGGGCGCCUUUCCUCCUGGCCGCGGUGAGCUGGACCUGGGGCAGAUUGAGAGCAACUGACCCCAGGUGGGCGGGCGGGGGUCUGGGCUGGCAACGGACAGGAGCUGGGCUACGCAGAACUUUGAACAAUAGGUUUAAUUUUUAUCUAGUCUUUCCUAAAGAAGUAUUUUGGAUUUUUAUGGCUAUUACAGUUCCGGAGAAAGCUGCUCUAUUGUGAAUGAGUUUUUGGAAGGGCGUUCUAUGAAAUCGGAGCUGCGGGGUGAUGGUAGAGUGGGCGGGUGUCCCUUUUCUGAAACCCCUGCCAUGCAGGGCACGGGGGGCCGUGGGUGCUGCCUGGCCCACCACGGCCAGAUUCCUGCCGGCUCUUCAGAGCUUGGACGGUAGUCUGAUUUCAAUAAAAGGAGUUUGCUUCCCCA